UUUUCUCUCUAGCCAGCAACACCCUCAAGCCCCACAAAAGAAAAAAUCAAUUUUUAAGGGAGAGAAAUAUUUUAUUGCUCAGAAAAAGUUUGAAUAGUAUGAGAAAAAGAAACCAAAAAAAAAUAGUAUAUAGUAUAGUAUAGAAAGAACAGCAAAGCACAAUAAGCAAGCAACCCUCUUUUCUUUUCAACCCUCUCUUUCAUUCUCUUGAGCCUUGUUUUUCACUCUUUCAUGUGUUUCUUCUCCAAUCCCCACCCAAAUCACCCCUAACCCUUUUGGUUUCUCUCUUGGUUUGGUUUUUGGUUGAAGGGCAUGGAAAUCAGUUCAAGGUUUCAAGAAAGAGAGAGCCACCCUUCUCCUAUGAACUCUCCAACAAGCAAUGUGAGCAAUUGCAUGAGCAGCAGCAACAGCAAUGGCAUCCCAAUCACAACACCACCCCUCACUCCCAAGACCAUCCCCAGAUCUGAUUCCAACCCCUACCCUACAACUUUUGUCCAAGCUGAUACCUCCACUUUCAAGCAGGUGGUCCAAAUGUUAACUGGUUCAUCAGACACAACAAAGCAAGCACAAGAUCCAGUGCCUCAACCACCACCACCUCCACCAUCAAGAAACUUCAACAUCCCCCCAAUCAAGACUCCACCAAAGAAGCAGGGAAAGCUCUAUGAGAGGAGGAACAGCCUCAAGAACAGCCUCAUGCUCAACACCUUGAUGCCCAAUUUUGCUAGAAACAACUCUCCUGGUUUCUCACCAAGAAAUAAGCCAGAGAUCCUCUCCCCAAGUUUGCUUGACUUCCCUUCCCUUGCUCUCAGCCCUGUCACCCCAUUGAAUGAUGACCCUUUUGACAAGUCCUCCCCUUCAUUAGGAAACUCAUCAGAGGAGGAAAAGGCCAUAGCAGAAAAGGGCUUCUACUUGCAUCCCUCUCCCAUGUCCACCCCCAGAGACUCAGAACCACAGCUCUUGCCUUUGUUCCCACUUACCUCACCUAGAGUCUCGAAUCACCCUCCUGAGGAGAUAAAGAUAAGAGAUUGUGUCCUGUGUUGUGGAUGAUUUAGAUAGAGAGAAUGGUUACAUGGGUUUUUGAUUUGAAUGGUUUACGGUUUCCUCCAUCAACAAGGUACAAAGCUUUGGUCUAAUUGUAAAAGUGGCUUUCAUACCAUGAAAUGGCAACUCUUUCUUUAUUCUCCUGCUUUGUUUUCCCACCUCAAAAUAUUGGUAUCUUUUUCCUUUCCAUAAAUGAAAGAAGCAAAAAAGAGUGUCUUUGUCCAAUGAUUUUUUUUUUCUCUCCCUGUUUCAUCUAGUUCUUCAAGGGUCAUUAUUGUUGUUAGGAAAACACACCUUGAGAAUAAUCAUAAGCCAGGGUGUCUCUUUUGAUUCAGUGUGAUGAAUUCAAUGAAUAAUGGUCUUCACUGUGUCUGUGUUUGUGAUUGCUUUGUCACACCAACCACCACCUGUGAAGUGUGUGUUCGGAUGAAGAGAAUCCAAAGAUGGAAAAAAGAAGAGAAGACAAGGGAAUGAGGUUGCUUGGAAGGGACACAUAUUACUGGAAUUCAGUGAUGGAAAGGACAUAACCGUAUCCUAAGUUGUCAUCAUCGCAGAAAGAUGCACCAAAAGGAAGGUGGGUGGGUUAACUUGAUGAAGGGUGGGAGGGUCCCUCUUCUUGGUUAUAUGCCAAUUUAGUCUAAUCAGUUUUCUCAAGUAACUGAACCCAGAUAAUGAUAAUGUGUUUUUGCUUCUUUUCUAUUUCUCUUUCUUUUUUGCUGACACCUAUGGCUAGAAAAACCAUUUCUGUGUCAGUUUUCAAGUACAAUCUGAUCAAGAAGUAAAGCAAAUAACACUUUUCUUUCUUUGCUUCGUUUUUAAA